UAAAUAAUUAUUCUCAUCAUUUUUGUUCAACAAUUGUCAUAAUUUUUUGCUUAUGUAUAAUUCUAUAUCAAGGUGUUCUUAGGCACAGCAUUCUGUUUGCACUGAUGACCUUUUGUUUAUAUGUCUCGCAGGCCAUCCCUGGGUUCAAGUUGGUGGUGUGGCUCCUGACAAGCCUCUCGAUUCUACAAUAUUAAGUCGAUUGAAGCAAUUCUCUGCAAUGAACAAGCUCAAGAAAAUGGCUAUUAGAGUAAUUGCAGAGAGCUUAUCUGAAGAAGAAAUUGCUGGCCUAAAAGAAAUGUUCAAAAUGAUAGACACUGACAGUAGUGGUCAAAUCACUUUUGAAGAACUUAAGGCUGGUUUGAAAAGAUUUGGAGCUAAUCUUAAGGAAUCUGAAAUUUAUGAUUUAAUGCAAACAGAAAAGAAAAUCUCUAUUUCACCAUUGAAGAUCUGCCCCUACUUGCUUCUCUUCUGGUCAUCUUGAGUGUCUCUAGUCAUCUCUAAAGUCUUUGGUCAACUAUGUCUCAUAGUCUACUCUAUUGGAAGGGUAAGUUCUCCAUUCUUUUUGUCCUCUGCUAUACUUUAAUGCCCUGAAUGUUGAUAUUUUUGUAUUGUGUAAAUGAGGUUCACCAUUAUUUUCAGUUUACUUUUGGUAACAGUGCUAGCUAAAUUAUUUUUAUUUUUCUUCUGAAAUGAUUUUUUGAGAUAGUGUUUCACAGUACAGAUUGAAGAUAAAAACUAAAAGCUUUUGUGAUAGUUUACCAUAUAC